AUGGGUAGGCAGACCCAGGAGAGAAAUGCCACUGUUGCCGCUGCUGUUGAGGCCGCCGUUGCUGCUGCCAAUGGGGCCAAUGGGAAUAACAGAAAUAUCGAGAAUCAGAGGGAUCACGGGAAUCCAGCUUCGGGACCGGCAAAUGUGAUCAGGCCGAUGUCUAAGUUGGUCGAUCAGUUCUUGAAGUUAAACCCACCGAAGUUCGACGGAAAAGGUGACCCCGAGGCUGCACCGCAUUGGGUAGAAGAAUUAGAGAAAGCCUUUGAAGUUCUGGGGUGCACCGAGCCUGAAAGGGUGACUUUGGCUGUAUAUCAGCUGCAGGACAAUGCAAAUGAUUGGUGGAAGGCCACCAGGGAAAGAGAAAGGAAACUGGCGGAAUUUAUGAGGCUCCGCCAAGGACAGAUGACCGUAGACCAGUAUGAAGCGGAGUUCGCUAGAUUGUCGAAGUUUGCACCUAGGAUGGUGGAGAACCCACAGGAUAAGGUUCAGAGAUUCCGAGAUGGACUAAAGUCGGACCUUAGGAGUCAGAUGAUAUCGCUCAACAUUCGGGGCUACGGGGAGAUGUAUGAACGGGCUCAAGCCAUAGAACGGGAUCAAAUGGAAAGGGCAGCUGCUUCUGGAUCGCGGUUCGACCAGAGUAAGGACAACCGCCGCUUCGGGAAGAAGCCGAUGGCGGGAAACAGGCGAUUCGUCCCACCGGCUAGAAAGAAUAUUGGGAAGCCGAACCACCAGCAGAAUAGAUUUGGGGCUUAUUUCAAGUGUGGGAGUUAG